CUCACUUUGAAUCAAUUGACAGCAGAAACCGUCAAUUGCGUGCAACGCACAUAACAAUGCUGAGUCGACAGCUGCUGAGGUCAAGUUCAAGGCUGCAAAGGCCUCUUCUACUGAAUGCGUCGCGUUCAUUCAGCUCCAGUGAUGGACGGUCCGCAGAAGUCGAGCUCACGAUAGACGGGAAGAAGGUGUCGAUUGAAGCUGGAUCCGCUCUCAUCCAGGCGUGCGAGAAAGCCGGAUCAACUGUGCCGAGAUACUGCUACCAUGAAAAGCUCAUGAUUGCUGGCAACUGCCGCAUGUGCCUGGUAGAGGUGGAGAGGGCCCCGAAACCAGUGGCAUCGUGUGCAUGGCCUGUUCAACCAGGUAUGGUGGUCAAGACAAAUUCACCCUUGGUGCAUAAAGCAAGAGAAGGCGUCAUGGAGUUUCUGUUGGCAAAUCAUCCACUAGAUUGCCCCAUCUGCGAUCAAGGUGGCGAGUGCGAUUUGCAAGACCAGUCAAUGCGCUAUGGUGCAGAUAGAGGCAGAUUUCAUGAAAUUGGAGGCAAGCGCGCCGUUGAGGACAAGAAUAUAGGACCCCUGAUUAAGACUUCGAUGAACAGAUGUAUUCAUUGCACACGCUGUAUCCGAUUUGCCAAUGACGUCGCGGGUGCUCCAGAGUUAGGUUCGACUGGACGUGGCAACGAUCUUCAGAUCGGCACCUACCUCGAGAAGAACCUUGACUCGGAAAUGUCAGCGAAUAUCAUCGACCUUUGCCCAGUUGGAGCACUCACAUCGAAACCGUAUGCAUUCAAAGCAAGGCCUUGGGAGCUUGCUCACACAGAGACGAUUGACGUCUUAGACGGCCUAGGCUCGAACAUCCGUGUUGACUCAAGAGGUCUCAUAGUCAUGAGAGUUCUCCCACGCCUUAACGAUGAUGUCAACGAAGAAUGGAUCAAUGACAAGUCCCGGUUUGCAUGUGAUGGCCUGAAUACUCAGCGCUUGACAAUACCCCUCAUCCGACGUGGUGACGAUUUUGAGCCGGCAUCGUGGGAGCAGGCUUUGGUUGAGAUAGGCGAGGCAUAUAAGAGAAUCAAACCCAGGACGAACGAAUUCAAGGUAGUUGCCGGGCAGCUCGUUGAAACCGAAUCACUUGUUGCCAUAAAGGACCUUGCGAACAAGCUAGGUCAUGAUAACCUUGCUUUGGACCAACCGUUAGGUGACCAGCCACUUGCACACGGUGUUGAUUUGCGCACGAACUUCGUCUUUAACUCGAGGAUCUACGGUGUAGAAGAGGCGGAUUGCAUCCUGCUUGUGGGCACCAAUCCCCGCCAUGAAGCUGCCGUUCUCAACGCGAGAAUUCGAAAGCAUUGGCUGAGAUCUGACCUUGAGAUUGGCUUGAUUGGCGAGGCUUUUGAGAGCACAUUUGACGUGGAGCAUCUUGGUGCUAAUGUCCAUGACCUGAAGAAGGCGCUCGCUGGGCCUUUUGGCAAGAAACUAGCUGCUGCUAAAAAACCGAUGAUCAUUGUGGGUAGUGGCAUUGUUGAACACGCCGAUGGUCGAGCUGUCUUUGAACAAGUCGGUUCGUUUGUGGAAAAGCACAAGACCAACUUCCAAACCCCAGAGUGGAAUGGUUACAAUAUUUUGCAACGAGCUGCGUCUCGGACUGGUGCUUACGAAGUUGGCUUUACAGUCCCAUCUCCUCAAAUUGCACAGGUUCAGCCCAAGAUUGUUUGGCUGUUGGCUGCCGACGAAAUCAGCGAAUCUGAUAUCCCAAAGCAUGCUUUCGUUAUUUACCAGGGCCAUCAUGGCGACAGAGGUGCUGCAAUGGCAGACAUUGUCCUUCCAGGUGCAUCUUAUGUUGAAAAGAGCGGCACAUAUCUCAACACCGAGGCUCGCGUGCAGACCACUCGGAAUGCCGUAGCACUUGUAGGUGCAGCAAGAGAAGAUUGGAAGAUUAUACGUGCCGCUAGCGAAUAUCUGGGUGCCCCACUUCCGUACGACGAUAUUGAAGCCCUUAGGGAUCGCAUGGAGGAGAUUUCGCCUGCGUUGAGACGAUAUGAUGUCGUAGAGGGUUCUGGUCUGGCUACAUUAAGCAAGGUUCAGCUCGUGGAUCAAAACAAAGGGGCAAAGGUUUCGGGUGAGUCCUUCAAAAAUGUCAUUGAAGACUUCUACUUCACGGACGUGGUUUCGAGAAGCUCACCAACGAUGGCGAGAUGCUCUGCAGCAAAAGCGCAGAAGAUUGCAGACACGAAUUUCAUGGCACCAGGCGAGCCAAACCCUCAAGUCAAUUACGGCCCACCUGACAGUCCCGCGGCGUUGCAAGCUGGUGGAUAGAAUAUAUCCAACAUUCCUUUCCUUCUGAUGUGCGAAAAGCAAUUGUAACAGUGGCCGCAAGUGCUGUGCAUUUCUGUACUGUGGUUAUGUUUGAGAUUACAGUUGUAUAUAGGUUAUCCUUAGAAUGUGCAGCAUACACACUUUUGAAGUUCGCAAGUCAUCUGCCGAAUUUUUCAUGUUACCAAGUUCAAGAAGCUACCAUGUUUUUUCGAAGUUUCAAAUUUGCAAUAGAGUUUUGACCCCAGAUUCGUAGCUGAAAAAUCAGCACCCACCACGCGAUCGGGUUGCGUAUCGCCUACGCUUUACUAAUUCAUUAUCUAAACUA